AUGUCCGCCAGCAAACCCGCCCAGAAGCGUCUUACCAAGGAGUUCGUCGCUAUGCAAAGGGAACCACCGCCGUUCGUGUGGGCUGUACCGGAUGAGAAGAAUAUCCUAACGUGGAACUACCUCCUGCGCGGCCCACCAGAUACACCUUUCGCCGGCGGAGAGUAUCACGGAGUGCUACUGUUUCCAUCGGAAUAUCCCUUUAAACCUCCUGGAAUCAAGAUGUUCACUCCCUCUGGUCGCUUUCAGCCCGAUAAGAAGAUUUGCUUCUCAAUGUCUGAUUUCCACCCUGGAUCGUGGAAUCCCGCCUGGAGUGUCGCGACAAUACUUACAGGGCUGUUGUCUUUCAUGCUCUCGGACGAGAUGACCACAGGAUCGGUCACAUCCUCAGACCCGCACAAACGUGCCUUCGCCGCCCGCAGUCAUAGUUGGAAUCUUUCACAGUCCCGAUUCAGAGAGGCUUUCCCUGAUGUGAGUGAAAUACUCCCUUUGCUUGUAAUCCGCACACAUCCUGCCCACGCCUUUUGA